AUGAAAUAAAAGAAGAAGUAGAAGAAGCAAACAAGCAAAGCAUACAUGAAAAAUUAGAAUAGAGUAGAGAAAACCAAGAAGAAAAACAAUAAUUAGGAAGUUGAAUAGAUGGGGUAUAUGAAAAUGUAAUAAUAAUUAAUUAACUAAUAAUUAUUAUUAUUAGAUGAUAUGAUAAUUAGAAGGAGGAAAAGUUAGAUAGUUAUACAAAUUUAUUAUUUUUUAAUUAUAUCUUUUAGGUGGAAACAAAUAAUUAAAAUAACGCAUAUAAAUAGAAAAAUAAUUCAAUAGGAUAGUUAGAAGCUAGCGUGGAAAAUUUAAUAUAAUUUGAAGAUUUGA